AUGGGAUUCUUCAUCAGAACCUUGCAUUUUUAUCUCAUCGUUCUCUUUUGUGGUGGAGACGGCAGAUUUCAGCAUUCAGACAAUAAAAUUCUGUCCAAAUCCUCUCUAAGCCCCUCUUCAUUACCUGAAUCUCAAAUUCCAAGAAGGAUCUUCAUUUUUUUACAUAAUGUAAGGAAAGAAAUUACGACAAAAAAGAAAGCGAGUCUCAAUAUUCUUAAUGUUUUCAAUAUGCAACACAAUUCUAGUUUCCAAGUUGAUCCAACAAAUGUUUUAUCUAAUAGCCAACCACAGCAUAUGUCACCUCAGAAAUUCUCACAAACUGAUGGAAUAAUAAAUGUUUUGUUGACUGACCCACCUCUAAGGGCCACAACAUUGCCUCCUAUGCCAGCAGAGAAGCAGCAAGGAGCUGAAGACCUUUUAAAUCCCAAUUCAGUAUUAAAGUGGAAUGUUCUUGGCAAUGAACAACACGAUGAAAAGGGAACAAGAUUUCCAUCCUCGGUAUUACAGAUUACUGCAAGCUGUGGAAUCCUAGCAAAUGGCACAUUUCAAAACACAAUGAAAAAACAUAUUUUUCUUGACUUUAGCAAUAACCUCAUGGACAAAUUAUCCUAUCUAACAAAAUCUUUGCACCACUUUGAUUUAAGCAACUGUAACUUACAAGGGAUGGCUAGCCCAAAUCUUUUCCCAAAUUUAACAGUGUUUAAAAUUCAAAACAAUGAAAUAGAAGAAAUUUCACCAGCAUAUCUUCCAGACUCAUUAGAGGAAUGUGAUGUUAGUAAAAAUAAGAUACGCCGUUUCCCUUUCCAUGGGGCUGAGCAAAGUUUAAAAUUGCUUAAUCUUUCUAGAAAUCUUAUAAUGCAACUCAAUCUGAACAGUUCCUACCUUUCCCUAACUAACCUGGAUGUAAGCCAUAAUUUAAUCACAAAUCUGCUGGAUCACAUGGGGAAAUUUCUGCCUGAAUUGAAAUACCUGAAUUUGUCAGAAAAUAAAAUCUUUUUCCUACAAUCAGGGUCUCUCCCUAAAUCCUUGGUUGAGUUGGAUAUCAGCAACAAUGCCAUUGCCAUCAUUAUGAAAGAGAUGUUCCACCAUUUAACAAACUUGAAAAUUUUAACCAUCCAAGGGAAACAUUUUUUCUGUAACUGUGAAUUAUACUGGUUUGUAAACACAUACCUUGCUAGCUCAGAAUUGCAAAUAAAUGGCCGAGAAAGUCUUUUUUGUGGUUUUCCACAAAAAAAGCGAGGUCUUUUGGUGGAAAACAGUCAUCUAACCAUGUUGUAUUGUUCUCUUGGUCUUCAAAUCGGAAUUACAGCUGGUGUGGCCAUUUUGAUCAUGACCAUCAUAUCUGUACUGUGCUGGCAUUUUGAUGGUCCAUGGUAUGUGAAGAUGGGUUGGUAUUGGUGCAAGGCUAAAAGGAAGCAACAUGAGAAGAGACCAGAACACAAAAUGUACGAUGCUUUCAUUUCAUACAGUGAAAAUGAUGCAUCUUGGACCAAAGAGAUCCUACUAGAAAAACUGGAGGCCAAUGGAUUUAAAAUAUGUUAUCAUGAAAGGGAUUUCAUGCCAGGGCAUCCAGUUCUUGGGAACAUUUUUUACUGCAUUGAGAACAGCCAUAAAGUUCUUUUUGUGCUAUCACCCAGCUUUGUCCACAGCUGCUGGUGCCAGUACGAGCUGUACUUUGCUGAACACCGGGUUCUCAGUGAAAACCAGGAUUCUCUCAUUAUGGUUGUAUUGGAAGAUCUCCCACCCAACAGCAUCCCACAAAAAUUCAGCAAGCUUAGAAAACUAUUAAAAAGGAAAACCUACUUGAAAUGGAGUCCUGAGGAACACAAACAAAAGCUUUUCUGGCACCAAUUGACUGCUGUGUUGAAAACUAUGAAUGAGCCAGUACUAACAACACAAAGAAAAAGCUGCACCAGGAAACAGAUGAAACUGAAGGAAGAGCAAUGCUGA